GCAAGAUAGGUGAUCUCUACUGGACUCUGCACGGCUCUGAUGAUGCGCUAACAAAAUGGCACUACUUCUCGUCAUCAUACUGAUUGGGUCAUGUGUCUCUGUCUGUGCAACAGAACAAAAAGUAUGUACGCAGGAGGCUGUGGCUGACAUUGUAUUCCUGGUUGAUGGCUCCUGGAGUAUUGGAAAAGAAAACUUCCGGGAGGUCCAGGCUUUCCUCCACACUCUAGUUGACAGCUUUAGUGUCAGUCCUGAUCGAGUCCGCAUUGGCUUAGUACAGUAUAGCAACUCCCCAAAGACAGAAUUUCUCCUGAACACCCAUCAACAUAAACAGGAGAUUCUCGCGUAUAUCAAGAGAUUGCCUUACAAAGGGGGUGGCACCAUGACCGGUUUAGGACUAGAUUUCAUUCUCAAGGAGCAAUUUACUGAGCAAGCAGGGAGUCGAGCGAGACAGGGCGUACCGCAGAUUGCCGUUGUCAUCACAGACGGUAGAUCACAAGAUGACGUGGAGCCACACGCAGAUGACCUGAGGCGUCGUGGAAUCAUUCUGUACGCCAUCGGCAUCAAAGAUGCGGACGAGGAGCAGCUGAAGGAGAUUGCCAAUGAGCCCCAUGACCAGCAUGUGUACAGCGUCUCUGACUUCAGCGCUCUCCAGGGCAUUUCUCAGAACAUCGUGCAGGUGCUGUGCACCACCGUGGAGGAGACUACACGCCAGAUAACUCAAGCCUCACAAGAGUUUGCUGAUGUCUUUUUUCUGGUGGACAGUUCAACACAACCUCAACAGUUCCAGAUGAUCAGGUCAAUUCUUAUUCAAAUGGCCAACCAACUCAAUGUGAAUAUCGAUCAAAAUCGCAUGGGACUGGCACAGUUCAGUGAUAACACCAAAGUAGAAUUUCUUCUGAAUGGCUACAAGACCAAAGAGGAGAUCCUCGCCCACCUAAAACGUUUCAGACUGGAAAGGGGUGGAGCACGGAACAUCGGUGCCGCUUUGGAAUAUACCCGUACUCAUUUUCUCACCCCAAAGGCCGGAGCCCGCCUGUACCCGGGCUUUAGGCAGUACCUGGUUCUGAUGACGUCGGGUAAAUCAGAUGACAGUGUGUAUAGGCCAUCGCGUGCUCUGAAAGACCAGAGUAUUAAUGUGAUCACCGUUGGGUUUACUAAUGCUGACCCCCUGGAGAUGCAGAUCAUUGCGACAGAAUCGUCAAUGUCUAAGACUGUGGGACAAAAUUUUAUGCAGAUAACACAAGAAAUAAACUCCAUAAUUACAUCUGAGGACACGCUCAGUGUUGAGGAUGAAUGUGAUUCAGCCACAGUUGCAGACAUUGUAUUCAUCAUGGACCAAUCCAGUACCACAGAGAAGGAAAACUUAAAAUAUCUGCGCAACUUUCUUUAUCGGAUUGUGGCUGGUCUGGACAUCAGCUCAAACAAAGUGAGAGUGGGUGUGGUUCUAUACAGCGAUACACCCAAAGCUGAGAUGUACUUGAAUACUUAUGGGAAUAAACAGGACAUUCUCCAUCACAUCAGGAGAUUUCUAUUCUUAGGGGGUACAAUCAGAAAGACUGGAGAAGCACUGACGUUUGCUAAGAAUGUUGUGUUCACCACAAAGAGAGGCAGCAGACAACGCUAUGGUGUACAACAGUUGGCCAUAGUCCUUACAUCAGGACAUUCUGUUGAUGAUGUCAGCAAUGCGGCGAAGGAGUUGCGCCAGUCUGGGGUUAGAGUUUUCACAGUAGGGGUGAAAAAUUCCAACACAGCAGAACUGGAGCAGAUAGCUUCCUAUCCACCUCAGCGGUUUGUGUUCACUGUGGAGGAUUUCACAAGACUCAGCAAUAUACAGAGAGAUCUGAGGACAAUCAUUUGCCAUGAAAUCAGCAGAAUCCAUCAAGGCCUUCCUGGGGUGAAAGGACGUCCUCCAGCAACUAAAGUAUAUUCCAGAACUCAAGAAAUAGUCCCCACACAAGGUUGUCUGCAAACAGAAGAGGCAGACAUAUAUUUUCUGAUUGAUGAGUCCGGAAGUAUCAGUAAUGAGGAUUUUCCACAGAUGAAAAAAUUUAUCUUGGAAUUCCUUCUUAUGUUCCACAUUGGGCCAAAGCAUGUUCGCGUAGGUCUGGUGAAAUUUUCCUCUCAGCCCAAAUGUGAAGUCAACCUGUUGCAGAGCAAAGACAGGCUAUCCUUUGAGGCUGCGGUGGAUAAGGUUUACCAGGAUGGGGGUGGCACAAAUAUAGGGAAAGCAAUACACGAGAUGCAGUCCCUAUUUCAACAGGCUGUUGUGAGUCGACCGAAUCUUGAAAUCCCCAGGAUCUUGAUUGUAAUCACUGAUGGGAAAUCACAGGAUGAUGCAGAAGGACCAGCAAAGGUACUGCGAGAACAAGGAGUCAUCAUCUACACAAUAGGAGUCAAGGGUGCAAACAAACAAGAGCUGGAAGUGAUCUCCGGUGAUCCUGGAAUGACUUUUAUGGUCAACAACUUCGAUGCUUUGCUACAAAUUAGACAUGAAAUUAUCAGAAAAAUGUGUUCCAAGGAAGCAUGUACUGACAUGAAAGCAGACGUCCUCUUGUUGGUUGAAAGUUCAUCUAUUAUUUCCAUGGCAGACUUUGUGAAGAUAAAAAUGUUCAUCGAAUCUCUUGUCGACAGGUCUGUCAUUGGGCCACAUGCUCUCCGCAUGGGUUUGGUUCAGUAUGCCACACAACAACAAUUAGCAUUUAGUCUCGACACCCACUAUAAGAAAGAUGAGUUGCUAAAGCAAAUUAAAGCCAUGUCUCACUUGGGCGGUGGCACUGAGACUGGCAAAGCUCUCCGGUAUGUUUCCCAGUUCUUUGAUAGGUCAAUGGGCGGCCGUCCUGGAGUCCCGCAAAUCCUGAUUGUCGUAUCUGAAGGCAAGUCACUGGAUGACAUCGCUGAUGCUGUUGACGUGUUGAAGCAGAAGGGGGUCAUCACCUAUGCUAUUGGCAUCGGCAGUGCAAACAGUAAAGAAAUGUCAAGAAUCGGUGGCGGCAUAAAGAACAAAUACUAUUUCUUGAAGAAUUUUGAUAGACUGCGACCAUUACCAGAGACCAUCAUGUUUGACAUCUGUCAUAGCGAAGGAUGUCAAAUCGAUAUGGCAGACAUAAUCUUCCUCGUAGAAGGUUCACAGAGUGUUAGUCAUGAACAGUUUCAGAUUAUGAAACACCUCAUGUCAUCCAUUGUGAACAGUUCCUCUGUUGGAGGAGACCAUGUGCGCAUUGGGGGCAUUGUCUACUCAACCGAACCACAAAUCCAGUUUGAUUUGAAUCAAUAUGACACCAGGAAAGAGCUGAGACAAGCCAUAUCACGUCUGAGGCCUUCAGGUGGUGACACUUACACAAGCAGAGCACUGAGUUACGCUCUAAAAUACUUCAAUGGUGCCCAAAGUAAAAAACGGGGGCACAAGUUUCUCAUAAUCAUCACAAAUGAAGAGGCAAGGGAUGAUCAUCAAUUGGAUGAAACAUCUGCAAAGCUGAGAAACAACGGAAUCAGUAUAUUUGGAAUUGGAGUAAAGCAAGACAGGAAUACACAGUUACCCAAUCAGUUGUUUACUAUGACCAACAACCAUGACAGGGUUUUCUAUGUGGACAAUCUUAAUGCCUUACAGAUAUUAGACAGAAAAAUUUCCCAAGAGAUCUGUAAUGUCAACAAAGCAGACUGUAAAAUGGAUCUGGUCAUGCUGGUGGACGGCUCAGAGAGCAUCGCUACUUCGCACUUCUCAAUAAUGAAGAAGUUCAUGACGGACAUGGUGAAAUCCUUCAACAUUAGUUCAAGCUUUCUACAAGUUGGGGUUGCUCAGUUCAGCACUCAUCAACAAAAGGAAUUCUACCUUAAUGAAUAUGAAACUGGAACAGACAUUAUUAAAGCCAUAGAUGGCAUAAAGCAACUUAAAGAAGGCACGAAAAUUGUUCCAGGACUAAAUUUCACUCGGGAAUUCUUCAAGACUGAACAUGGCAGUCGCAGAAGCAUGGGUGUCCGCCAAACCCUACUGUUAAUUACAGAUGGAGAGACAGAGGAAGAUGUUGAAACUGCUACUUAUGAUCUUCGUGCCGAUAAAAUAGAUGUGUUUGUGAUCGGAGUGGGUAGAGUCCAGACCGAUCAGCUCCUCAAGAUUGCUGGCAGUAAAGAUAGGUUUUUUCCAAUUGAUGCCUAUGAAGAACUUACUAAGAUAUUGACAACGCUGGUUGGCACGUUCUGCCCACCAUCUGAUGAACCAGACCCAGACCCAAACCCAACCCCAAUCCCAAAACCAAACCCAGACCCAGGAUGUAAUGUGGACAUUGCCAUUGGAUUUGAUUAUGCCAGAAGGCCAAUCAACCUCCCUCUCGUCUUGGGACCAUUCCAGUUAAAGCAACAACUUCCCAAGAUAAUCAACAAAAUAUCAUCUCUGGAUAACAUAUGUUGCGUUCCUAAUAGCAUCAUCAAAACAAAGAUUGCAUUCAAUCUGGUGAAUAAAGAGGGAAAGGAGCUGGAUUUCUUUCCAUUUGAGGAGUACAACUCAGAUGUUGUCAAAAAAGUGACAGAAUUAGUGAUAAAUAAGGACAGUGUCUUUAACACGCCGUUGUUGAAAUCUUUUGAAAAAGUUUUCAAAUAUUCAGCAGCUAAAGUGAAGGUGCUGAUCAUUUUCUCUGAUGGGCUUGAUGAGCCAGUGGAGAAACUGGAGUUGGAAUUAGGCCAUCUAAGGAGAAGUGCAGGAGUAAGUGCGCUAGUAACAGUGGCUUUGGAGGGAGCUCAGAAUACCCAUGAGCUUCAGAUGCUUGAGUUUGGAGGAAGUGUUGGAUACCACAGGCCUUUUUCCAUCAGGACGUAUAAUAUAGAAGAAGCCAUACAGAAAGAAAUAGACACGGCUACAGAGAGGGUGUGCUGUGGCGUGAUGUGCAAGUGCAGUGGUCCAGACGGAAUGAGAGGACCACGGGGACCACCAGGUCAAAAGGGCAAUCCAGGGUCCAAAGGUCAUGUAGGAUAUCCAGGAGAAGAGGGCGGUUCAGGAUAUAGAGGACCUCCAGGUCAAAUUGGGAUUCAAGGAUUUGAAGGUUGCCGGGGCAUAAGAGGUCAGAAGGGCACAAGAGGAUACAAUGGUGAAGUGGGAGAAGAUGGUGAACAUGGCCUGGAUGGAGUUUAUGGUGAACAGGGUGAAACUGGUGUGACAGGUGUUCCUGGAGACCGAGGAGAGCCUGGCAGCCCAGGUGGACGAGGCACUAAAGGAGUGCCUGGCAUAACAGGUCAGCGUGGUCAAAAAGGAGAUACAGGAAAACCUGGUGCAGACAACAUCUCUGCUGGCCAAAAGGGACAACAAGGAAACAAAGGAAGACAGGGAGAUAUAGGACAGGAUGGAUUGGCAGGAAGAGCAGGAGAUCCUGGAAACCUGGGCCCUGCAGGGAGAAGAGGUCCCACAGGCAUUAAGGGAUCGCGUGGAGAUCCCGGAGAACGUGGACAUCUGGGCCACUUUGGGUUGAAAGGACCCCCGGGAAACAGGGGCCCCAUAGGUCAGCCAGGGCAAAUAGGGUUACCUGGUUUACCUGGACUUCAGGGACCACAAGGAUCAACAGGUCACAUUGGACACAGAGGAAGUCCAGGUCAGAAAGGGCAUAAGGGUCAACCAGGAGAACCUGGAGUUAAAGGACACAUUGGAUCUGUGGGCGCUAGAGGAUUCCCGGGACAGGAUGGUAGAGAUGGCUACGGAUUCCCUGGACCAAAAGGAUCAAAGGGACAGCACGGUUAUCCAGGCUAUCAAGGACUCCAAGGCGAGUAUGGCGCAAAAGGCCAAAUUGGAGGUCCUGGAAGCAAAGGAAGCCGGGGACAAGGGGGCAAAUCCGGUAGGAAUGGUCCACAGGGUGAACCCGGAACUCCAGGAAUAGCUGGGCACAGGGGCCCCAGAGGAGCUCCAGGACCCAGACAGAUGAGUGACUGUGAGCUAAUCAACUAUGUGCGUGACAACUGCGCUUGUAAUAUGGGUCAUGAGGACUGCCCCGCCUACCCCACUGAGCUGGUGAUUGCCCUUGACAUGUCUGAGGACGUGACCCCUGAGGCGUUUGAAAGGAUGCGCGCCAUUGUCCAUCACUUGCUGGAGGACAUGUCCAUUUCUGAGAGCAACUGCCCCAGGGGUGCCCGGGUGGCAAUUGUCUCCUUCAGCUCCAGUGUGAAGUACCUGGUCCGGUUCUCAGACUACCAUCGUAAAAAGCACCUCAUUGAAGAGGUGAAUAACAUUGCCCUGGAACACACCUCCAACCGUCGCAACAUUGGGACAGCCAUGCGGUUUGUGGCCCGGCAUGUGUUUAAGCGCACGCGAAAGGCUCUGCUAAUGCGAAAGGUGGCCAUCUUCAUCACCAAUGGCGCCUCCCAGGAUGUCAAGUCAAUCAACACUGCGGUCUUGGAGUUCAAAGCCCACGACAUUCACCCUGCUGUCAUCUCCUUCAGGAAUGUCCCUAAUGUCUUACAUGCUUUAGAGGCUGAUGAAACCCGAAGCUUUAUAGUGAAGCUGGUGGGGAGCGGUCAAGAACUGAAACCACAGUUGAGUGAGGUUCAAAAGUGUAUAAUAUGCUAUGAUCCAUGUAAAAAAGCACCAAGCUGUUCCAGCGUGAACCAGGCUCCAACUCCUAUCCAAGUGGACCUGGAUCUGGCUGUGUUGGUGGAUGGGUCACAUAUUGUACAAGCAGACCAGUACGGGGGCGUGAAGGAGCUCCUGGGUUCAGUGGUAGAGCAGAUCACUGUGAGCAGUCAGCCGUCCAGGUCUGAUAAUCAGGCCAGAGUUGCCCUGUAUCAAGCCUCCAGUGCAUACAGGCCCACAGCAGGACAAGUUCCUGUCCAACAGGAGUUUGACUUUAUGAGAUUUCAAGACAGCAGUUCAAUGAAAAGCCACAUUUUCCAGAGCGUGCAGCAGCUUGGUGGUUCCUCUAGGCUGGGAUACGCAUUGAAGUGGGUCAUUAACAGAGGCCUCCUAACGGCCACAAAGCCACGCAAGAACAGAAUGGUUCUAGCCAUUGUUGGUGGGGAAACAAGCCACUGGGAUAGAGCCCAGCUUGAAUAUGCCUCCAAAUUAGCAAGUUGUCAAGGCGUGGUGCUGUUCACUCUGACUGUUGGGGACACCUUCAACACCACCCAAGUGGAGGAGCUGGCCAGCCUACCGUUGGAGCAACAUAUGGUCCAUCUGGGACAGGUGAAGAAAGGAGAGCAGGAGUACGCCACACGCUUCCUGAGAACCUUCCUGAGCUUCCUUAAGAGGGGAAUCAAUACAUAUCCUGUCCCAUCUGAAAGGUGGAUGUGUCAGCAUUUGGAGCAGGAGAUAGACCAAGAGCCGACCAUUGUUCUCAUAGACAGCAUCCCUUUACCUACUUCCAACUACAACCCACAACCAUCUAUCCCCAAUUGGAAAGGAGAUGCCCAAGUAGAGACCCUCUACGAAAUAGAGCAUGGAGUUAAAGAAAACACAGGCCGUGGAGACACCAGUGGCUAUGGCAUAGUCCAGCAAAGAGAAGAUCUAUCAAGACUGGAAGAUUUUGACACAGUCCAGCAGAGAGAAGAUAUAACAUCGCUGGAAGACUUUGAAAAAAUCCAGCAGAAAGAAGAUUUAUCAAGCCUGGAAGACUUUGACACAGUCCAGCAGAGAGAAGAUAUAACAUCACUGGAAGACUUUGAAAGAAUCCAGCAGAGAGAAGACUUAUCAACUUGGGAAGACUUUGACACAGUCCAGCAGAGAGAAGAUAUAACAUCCCUGGAAGACUUCGAAACAAUCCAGCAGAGAGAAGAUUUAUCAACUCUGGAAGACUUUGACACAGUCCAGCAGAGAGAAGAUAUAACACUGGAAGAAUUUGACGUAUUCCAUCAGAGAAAGGAUGAAACACUGCAAGAUGUGUGUACCCUUAGGCAAGAUGAGGGGAAAUGCCAGAAGUACACUGUGAAGUGGUAUUUCGACACAGUGAAAAAAGAAUGCCUUCAAUUCUGGUAUAGUGGUUGUGAUGGCAAUGGAAACCGUUUCAGAACCAAAGCAGACUGUGUGGCUCGUUGUAUGAGGACAAAGGCAAAUGGACCUGCUAUUGACGCAAGAUAAAUGUCAGACUUCGACAAUAAAAGUAUUCAUAUCAUCACAUUAAAUUAACUCUGACCACAAGAGGAUUAAAACAAAGAGAUUCAUAUACAGUAUAAUAACCAGGUGUAGUCAAUUAGCAGUGGUUCUUAACUGGUCUGGCCUAGGGACCCAACAUUACCCCUGGUCAUUAUGUCACAACCCAUAUCUUUUAGCGUUCAAGCCAAAUGAUACGUGGAGCGACAUGGUAACUCCUGGCAUCGCCUUUCAAAGUACUCAACAAGUUUGUCUUCGACAGUAGGGUGCCUUAUUUCUCUGUGCCGUUUUGGUUUUGAUGAUGUCAUGCUCUGAUGUGUCAGCAGUUCACUGCACAUCACACACUGGGGUUUCUUGUCCCCUUUUGUCCUCAACAUACUGUAAGGGAAUCCACACUUCAAAAUAUUGCAAUAUAUCGCAUUUCACCAUACAGUAUAUUUACCGCUAAAAUGAUGUCCAACAUGACCUGUCACCUGUCAUUGUCUACUGUAUGUCCAUGGCAAAGACUGGUAAAAUAAAGGUCUGACAUUAGGUCUGAUAGUGUAGCAUUUUAAAUGUACCACUUUUUUUUUCUUUCAACACAAGCUCUGCGAUCCACCCAGAAUAGUUCUGCGACCCACCAGUUCAGAAACACUGUUCUAAAAUGUGUAUAGUCUGAGUGAUCACCGUUCUAAUUUCUUUUCAAAUCUUUGGAAGUAAUCCGAUUGUAGAAUUCUGAUGCACUGCCAUUUCUUUUUUUUUCCAUUGUGUGCUAUCCUACUGUAGAGUCAGUAAUUAUACAAAGAUGAGAAGCAUUUAAUCAGUUCAGUAACUCAGGUGCAGAAUAUACGCAUUUAACAACACUGGUUGGUUUGUAACAAGUCUUAGCAGCACACAACAUUUCAGCGGAUUAGCGUAGCCUACUAUAGUUUCAAACUGUCUUUGCUGGGCUGCAUCACAAGGCAGUCUUCUAGCAGUUUUUAUAAUGCGCUAUGACACUGAUAUCUGGAGUGAAAACAACCUCAUGUAAACAACAUUGUAUCACUAUUAAAAUUGUGUUUGGCCUUAUUAAA